AUGGAAAGACAAAUUAGGUCGGAACAAGCGAUCAAAAAAGGGCCAUGGACAGCCGAAGAAGAUGAAGUUCUCCUAAAUUUUGUGAACAAAUAUGGUCCCAGAGAUUGGAGCUCCAUCCGAUCCAUGGGACUGUUGCCGAGGACCGGAAAAUCUUGCCGUCUCCGGUGGGUUAACAAGCUUAGACCCAAUCUCAAAGUUGGGUGCAAGUUUUCGGUGGAGGAAGAGAGAGUGGUGAUAGAUUUGCAGGGAAGAUUUGGGAACAAGUGGGCGACGAUCGCUUCGUAUCUUCCGGGAAGAACUGACAAUGAUGUGAAGAACUUCUGGAGCACAAGGCAGAAGAGGCUGGCCAGAAUUCUGCAUUCACCUGCUUCCUCGUCCCAAAUUACCAAGUCACAAAGAAACAACAACAAAGGAAAAUCCCUGCAUUCUGUUCAUCAUCAAAUCCCAACUUUCCAGGCGGUUGAAUUCAGUUGCCCACAAAUGAAUGAAGAACCAUCAUCUUCAAGGUGGCAAUCCUGCUCCUCUUCUUACUUGGGAUCAGACCCUCAAAUGAUGCAGAUAAUACCUCUUCCAGACCUCAUCAACAUAGACCCAAUUAGCCUGCCAUUGCUUGAUGAUAUCACCGAGAGUAGUACUGAAACAAAGACUCCAAAUACAGGCACUUCUACUGAUCUUCAAACCCAACUCCAACUCUCCUUCAACCCUGCAGCUGAUCAAAGCCACCAUGAUGACCCUGUGUUGCAGGGACUUACAGCUGAAGCCAACUUCCUGGAUCUGUUUCCGAACCGGCCACCGGUAGAUGAUCGGCAGCUCGACUUCGGGUCGCCGGCCCUUGAGUCGUUGGAGGGCGACCAGCAGAAAGCAACUGAUGAGAGUGAGAAGCUUGCUGCAAUCCCGGAGAGUUUCUUUGAUGAGUUGCCGGCAGACAUUUUUGACUUCCUCGACCCAUUUCCGGCAGCCUCAUUAUCCGCUUUGAAUUAAUUUUGUUUCAUCCUGAUCAACUGUAUGAUCAUCUAACUCUCGGGAAGAAGAAGACUCUGUUUUUCAUUUGGUUAUCAAACUUACAUAAAUAUAUGAUUGUAGCUUGUGUCCUCAUGUUGUAACUCGUAUUGUGCUCACAGCCAUUUUUAUAAUGACAUAAAGGGUAGAC